AUGAAUCUAUAUUCAGAGAGAUGUCUUGGCCCAAAGUUGCUUGGAGUUUUUCCCGGUGGUCGUUUCGAGCAGUUUAUUCCAAGCCGGCCACUGACGUGCCUCGAAAUCAGCAAACCCGCGAUUGGACGAAUUAUUGCACCAAUGCUGGCACGAGUACACACACUCGAUGUACCGAUUACUAAGGAGCCUGAAGUGAUGGCAUGUGCUCGUGGCUGGGUGACCAAACUCCGUCAAACGGCUGGAGGUUCUCGACCAAUUCAAUUAUAUUGCACAGCCGCUCACGUACCCAAAGAAUCGUAUCCUUCAUCAAUCACUUGCGAUGAGCUCGAGCGAGAGCUGCAGUUUGUCGAGGAUUUCUUGGUGAAGAGCAACAGUCCCAUAGUUUUCUCUCAUAAUGACCUACAGGAGGGGAACAUACUUCUCUGUGAUGAGUGUAACAUCAAUGACGACGGAUGCAUAAAAGCUUCCAGCAAACGGCAAUCACGAGACGGAUCCUUUGGUGUUUAUUGA